UUAUUCGAGUUAUACUUUUCGAGCCAAUCUGGUCACAACGGCCAAAUACCGUGCAAAGCCAAUAAAUGAAGUUUCUGUAUCCGAUAUAAAUAUUCAUGAGUUGGCUAAAGGUGACGACGAGUUUACGCGAAAUUUUCUAACGACCAAACUUUCGUGUGAAGCGAGUGAAUUCUCCUCCCCCCAAUGAUGCUAUCGACCCUGCCACACCUGCUGAAACGGAAACAGAGUCACCAGCAGCAAGUGCUGGGGAGAGUGUGACUAUUUUGGAUAAGGAUGGAAUGCCGAUUGUACCUAUUGAAAUCGAUGGAUGGAAAAAUGCCGAAUAUGACGAAGAUGGUCCGACCAUACAAAAUCCCUCGGGUGCACCGCUUGACAUAGGCAACGAUAUAGAGUACAAAAAGGAACAAAUGUUGGAGGUGCCGGAUAAGCGAGAGGGGCAUUUCGAGUACAAGGGCAUAAAGGUUAAGUUGCCCGAAUCGGCGGACAAGGAUGUGGGCACCUAUAGAUUCCGACGUGACCCUGAGGAUCUGGAGACUGUUGGCGACGAUAUGCGACUCGUUAAGUUCGACAAAAAAGUAAUUGCUAGUUAAUAUUUCGGUGAAUGUGUUUGUGACUGCACUUUGGUUUUAAUAAAUAAAAUUCAACAAAAUUAACAAUAUAAGAA